CUCUACACCGCGUUUAAACCGACUUCAUUCACAAGAUUUAGUCCAAAAAUCCACUUGAGUGAGAUCCUUCCAACAUGACACCAUUCAUAAUCCUCGCUGUAAUGCUGGGAAUUUCAGAAGGUGCCGCUCCCGGUACCAGGUGUAACGACUUCGAAGCCAACUUUAAUCUGAAGGAUGUGAUUGGUUCGUGGCAUGUUGUGGCAAUAAUACCUGAGAAAUUGUUUCCUGAAAAGCAAGUGACGUGUUACAAGGUGGAUAUUAGUGAGACUGAUGAGGCUGGUCUCCGAUGGUUAAUCAAUAAAACAAUAGAGUCUCCAACGUCAAUGCUGCCGAACAACAAGACAGGUAUUAUAAUACGCCAGCGGUACCACUCCGAACAUCCCUUUGAUGUCUGGUCUAAAUCCGUGAGCGAAGUCAGCGGCUGCUUCCAACAAGUUAUUUCAUUGGAUUUGGGGAAACAUGACAUUCAUAAAGCCCUGAAACAUGACGCGAUGAUGCAGCUCCAUCUGCUGCAAGAGCGAGGCUCGGAGCCAUUCCUGCUGCAGCUGCUGUGGGGACGGAUGAUCACUGUCGUCAUCUACAAAAGGAAACAGGGAGUGACUCAAGAUGAACUGAAACCAGUAUUUGAGUUCAUGAACCAAUUACGAGGACCACAGCGGCUUCCGAAGAUUUGCGACAGCCGAUUAAAAGACUUGCUUGUGUUUUAGAAACAAGACCUUGAUAUUAAAAUGUUAAACAAAUUA